AUAACUUGGCAAGAUGAACACUCGGCUCCAUUCUCCUGGGAAACGAAGAGUCAGAUGGAGUUCAGUGUUGCAUCUCUGUCCAUACAAGAACAAGGUGGUGCCCAGUUGCAAAAUGAACAGAGGCAGCCUGUCAAAGCAGCACCUGGCAUCCAAGUCCCUAAAUCCUCUCAGGCCAAUAAGACCCCUGGCUCAGAUGGGUUGAUAGCACCCAGAAAGGAAGAGGAGUCCUCGUUCUGGAAAAUAAACGCAGAGCGCUCAAAGUUUGAAGGAGACAAGUCUGACUUCCAGUCCCUGACCCCCAGCCAGAUCAAGUCCAUGGAGAAAGGAGAGAAACCCCUUCCCUCUUUUUACAGACAAGAGUCUACUGCAAAGGAGAUGGCAAAAGCUGAGAAGUCCAGUGUAACUAAACCAGAAAAGUCUGUCGCCCCCAGCCUACCUUCUGUAUCUCUCGAAUGGGAGAAACCUCGACCUACUCAACUCCCUACUAGUUCUCUAGAUGACUUCUUUCUUCCUGACCCACCACAGGAUCUGGCAUCUUCUAGGACAAACAAGGAAGAUACUGAUGGUACUAUACUUACAGACCCACAAAUGCCUGGACAGACUAGUACAAGCAAUGUUAUCUUGAAGACUGGCUUUGAUUUUCUAGACAACUGGUAAAAGAUACUUCAAAAUAGAUCAAACCAAUUUUGAGGGAGGAAUGGAAUACCUUUCUCCUUGUAUGUUAAUUUACUAGCAUUUGUGUCUUUUUCUAGAAGUAACUUUCAAACUCUUAAAUGUUGCCUUUGUAUAAACUUUUGUAAUACCGUAUGCGUUUUUGUUUUUUAAACAGUGAUAGAAGUGUGGUUUCAUUUGGAUAUUUUUUAAAUAUCUGUUAAGAUUUUUAGUAGCUACUGUGUUGAGAGGAUGGGAGAAGUUACCAUACACAUGUUAAAGGAACACAAAUG